GCGACCGCUGCCUUAGAAGACUUCUAACAAGAACCAGAUGUGGCCGCCGCUGUCGAACUUUCCCCGAGCGGGUGAUUGGUCCCCGGCCGAGGGCCGCAGCCAGUCAGCGCGCUGGGAGGGCCCGGAGGCCCGGCCCGCCCGGGCGCCCGCGGGGAUCCAGGCUGGAGGCUGGCGCGGCGCGGCUAGUGGGCUGGCGGGCCGGGCCGGGACGCGCUCUGCCGCCGGGCCGCCCAGGAGCCGAGCCAGCAUGCGGGGGGACCGGGCAGCCCGGCGACUGGCGCUGCAAUCGCUGCGGCCGCCGCCACUGCUGCUGCUGCUGCUGCUGUCCCGGGCCGGGGCGCUGCACCCAGACGAGCUCUUCCCCUACGGGCAGUCGCGGGAGGACCAGCUCCUGCAGGAGGGCGACGACGAAAGCUCAGCCCCGGUGAAGCUGGCGAGUCCCCUGCGCUUCUACGAAGCCCAGUUCAGCUACCUCUACGUGGGCACCAACGGUAUCAUCUCCACUCAGGACUUCCCUAGGGAGACCCAGUACGUGGACGAUGAUUUCCCCACAGACUUUCCGGCCAUUGCCCCCUUCCUGGCGGACAUCGACACGAGCCGGGGCAGGGGCCAGGUCCUGUACCGUGAGGACACGUCCCUGGCUGUGCUGGGCCUGGCCGCCCGCUACGUGCGCGCAGGCUUCCCGCGCACCGCGGCGUACUUCACCCCCACCCACGCCUUCGUGGCCACCUGGGAGCAGGUGGGCGCCUACGAGGAGGCCAGCAGCCGGGUGCCGCCCUCAGGAGAGUUGAACACUUUCCAGGCAGUUUUGGCAUCUGAUGAAUCCGAUACCUACGCCCUCUUUCUUUACCCUGCCAAUGGCCUUCAGUUCUUUGGAACCCGCCCCAAGGAGUCUUACAACGUGCAGCUCGAGCUUCCCGCUCGGGUGGGCUUCUGCCGAGGGGAGAUCGAUGACCUGAAGAGAGAGGGACCCUAUUUCAGCUUGACUAGCACUGAACAGUCUGUGAAAAAUCUCUACCAACAGAGCAACCUGGGGGUUCCUGGAGUGUGGGCUUUUCAUAUCGGCAGCUCCUCCCCACUGGACAGUAUCAGGCCAGCCACCGUUGGAGACCUUACCAAAGCCCACCCUUCAUCUCCCCCAGAGCAGUCCUUCAGCCCUACGGCAGCCCCGGAAAGUGACUACACUGAGGACAAUCUGGAUUAUUAUGAUGAGAAUGAGGGAGAAGUGGAAUACCUCCCAAGUGAGCCAGAGGACGCCUGGGAUGACCACAGCAGGACUGACGUUUCCUUCCAGCCGAAAGCUGAGCCAAGAAGACCUUUAGGAGGUGGGGUAUCUCCGUCGGAAUCUGACCCGGCCUCCCCUCUGCCACAGCUGACAGCUAGUGAUCGGCCCCUCUACCCUGAAACCGAAUUUGCCACCUUGGACCCUCAAGCCAAAGAGGGGAGAGCUCUGGGCGGGGUAGAUGCCCCAGGUUUAAAAGGCCCAGUCGAGUCUUGGGAACAGCCAGGGACCAGAGGCCCAGCUGCAUCAGAGAUAGAAGGAGAUUCGCUGGGUCCUGCCCGGGGAGCCCCACCUCCCUACCCAGAAGGAGGGGCACCACCUUCGGAAGAGGAUGUUCCUCCGAUCCAUCCUGAGAGAAAGGCCGUUCUUCUAAAUUACCCCGUGCCCGCUCACACUCCACCGCUGGGCCCUGGGAGGCAAGUGCUAGGCGUGGAGGACGUCAUCGGUUCCAGCACUGAGGUCUUCACGUAUAAUGCUGCCAGCAAGGAAACCUGUGAACACCACCACGGACAGUGCUCCCGGCACGCCUUCUGCACCGACUACGCCACCGGCUUCUGCUGCCACUGCCAGUCCAGGUUUUACGGAAAUGGGAAGCACUGUCUCCCAGAAGGGGCACCUCAUCGGGUCAAUGGGAAAGUGAGUGGCCACCUCCGCGUGGGCCACACGCCCGUGCACUUCGAGGACGUGGACCUGCAUGCUUACAUUGUGGGCAAUGACGGCAGAGCCUACACGGCCAUCAGCCACGUCCCUCAGCCUGCAGCCCAAGCCCUUCUCCCGCUCACACCAAUCGGAGGCCUUUUUGGCUGGCUCUUUGCUUUACAGAAACCAGGCUGGGAGAAUGGCUUCAGCUUCACAGGCGCUACCUUUACCCAUGAUAUGGAAGUUACUUUCUACCCAGGAGAAGAGACGGUUCGAAUCACUCAAACUGCCGAGGGACUUGACCCAGAGAACUAUCUGAGCAUUAAGACCAAUAUUCAAGGCCAGGUGCCUUACAUCCCAGCAAAUUUCACAGUUCACAUAGCUCCCUACAAGGAGAUUUACCACUACUCGGACUUAGCUGUGACCUCCACAAGUUCCAGAGACUACUCGCUCACCUUAGGUGCCAUCAACCAAACACGGUCCUACCGCAUCUACCAGAACAUCACUUACGAGGCCUGCAGGCACGCCCCCAGACACCCGGCCAUCCCCACCACCCAGCAGCUGAAUGUGGACCGGGUCUUUGCCUUGUACACGGAUGAAGAAAGGGUGCUUAGAUUUGCUGUGACCAGUCAGAUUGGCCCAGUUGAAGGGGACUCAGACCCCAUCCGUGUGAAUCCUUGCUACGAUGGGAGACACACAUGUGACACGAGGGCUCGUUGCCACCCGGGGGCAGGGGUAGACUACACCUGCGAGUGUGUCUCUGGGUAUCAGGGAGAUGGACGCAGUUGUGUGGAUGUAAAUGAAUGUGCCACUGGCUUCCAUCGCUGCGGCCCCAACUCUGUGUGUGUCAACUUGCCGGGAAGCUACAGGUGUGAGUGCCGGAGUGGUUAUAAGUUUGCAGAUGACCGGCACACUUGCAUCUUGCUCACCCCCCCUCCCAACCCCUGUGAGGAUGGCAGCCAUUCCUGCGCUCCUGCUGCCCAGGCCCAGUGCAUUUACCACGGAGGCAGCACAUUCAGCUGCGCCUGCCUGCCUGGCUACACGGGCAAUGGGCACCAGUGUAGUGAUGUCGAUGAAUGCUCGGAAAACAGAUGUCACCCCUUGGCUACCUGCUACAAUACCCCAGGCUCCUUCUCCUGCCGAUGCCACCCUGGCUACCAUGGGGAUGGACUUAAGUGCACACCAGACCCCUCCUCAGGGCUGAAGCCCUGCGAACAGCAGCAGCGCCACGCGCAGGCUCAGCACACCUCUACCGGCAGCCGGCUGCACAUUCCCCAGUGCGAUGAGCAGGGUCGCUUCCUGCCACUGCAGUGUCACGGCAUGACCGGCUUCUGCUGGUGCGUGGACCCCGACGGCCGCGAAGUCCCCGGCACGCGGACUCCCCCCGGCUCCAUGCCGCCGCGCUGCGGACCACCAGAGCCCACCCAGAGGCCCCGGACCGUCUGUGAGCGCUGGAGGGAAAACCUGCUGGAGCACUACGGUGGCACGCCCAGGGACGACCAGUAUGUGCCCCAGUGUGAUGACCUGGGCCACUUCAUCCCCCUGCAGUGCCACGGGACGAGUGACUUCUGCUGGUGCGUGGACAAAGAUGGCAGAGAAGUGCAGGGCACCCGCUCGCAGCCAGGCACCACCCCUGCCUGUAUCCCCACGGUUGCUCCGCCCACAGUCCGGCCCGUGCCUCGGCCUGACGUGACCCCUCCAUCUGUGGGCACCUUCCUGCUCUACGCCCAGGGCCAGCAGAUCGGUCACUUGCCCCUCAAUGGAACCAGGCUUCAGAAGGACAUGGCCAAGACCCUGCUGUCACUGCAUGGCUCCAUAGUUGUGGGAAUUGACUAUGACUGCCGCGAGAGGAUGGUGUACUGGACAGAUGUUGCUGGACGGACAAUCAGCCGUGCCAGUCUGGAACCAGGAGCAGAGCCUGAGACGAUCAUCAACUCAGGUCUGAUAAGCCCUGAAGGACUUGCCAUCGACCACUUCCGUAGAACAAUGUACUGGACGGACAGUGGCCUGGACAAGAUAGAGAGGGCCAGGCUGGACGGCUCUGAGCGCCAAGCCCUCUUCCACACGGACCUGGUGAAUCCUCGGGCCAUUGCUGUGGAUCCAAUCCAAGGCAACUUGUACUGGACGGACUGGAAUCGAGAAGCUCCCAAAAUUGAAACAUCUUCUUUAGAAGGAGAAAACAGAAGAAUUCUGGUGAAUAAAGACAUUGGACUACCUAAUGGUUUAACCUUUGACCCCUUCUCCAAACUGCUCUGUUGGGCAGACGCAGGAACCAAAAAACUAGAGUGUACACUACCUGAUGGGACCGGACGUCGCGUCAUUCAGAACAACCUCAACUACCCCUUCAGUAUUGUCAGCUAUGCAGAUCACUUCUACCACACAGACUGGAGGAGGGAUGGUGUUAUAUCAGUAAAUAGAGACAGCGGCCAGUUUGCUGAUGAGUAUCUCCCAGAGCAGCGAUCUCAUCUCUACGGGAUAACUGCGGUCUAUCCCUACUGCCCAACAGGAAGAAAGUAAAUAUGGCAUCACAAAGGACUUGGAGUUUACAAUCAGAAUCUGGACCCUAAAGAACAUUUACUGCAAAGGUGAAGAAAGUGAAAAAGGAAUUGGACUUACAAGAUGAACACUUGCAGGACAAAAACUAUAUAACUUGUGAAAAGUUUAUACCUCAAUCUUUACUACUGUAUUUUGAAAAACAAAAGUUACCACAAGUUUUAAAAAGUAACAAUUUUAAUUGCUGCUUAUUAAAGCAAUUUUUUAAUAAACAUUUCUAUCAUAUUUAAAAGGUCAAGUUCAUUCAACUAAGAACCAAUCAGAAUAUGUGACAACCCUAAAUCUAAUUUUUUAAAUCUAAUUUUCUGGCCAAGAAAUUAAAGCAAGGUUAUCCAUAUAAAGAUGCAAUCCUAAAGAUCAUAAGCCUUGACCUGGAGAAGGCUAUGCAGAACUGGUGGGGAAAAAAACAACUUAUUUAUAGUUUUCCAGCGGAAGUUCUAAGUUUUGUUUUUUUUUUACCUCUGCAUCACUGCAUUUCUAUUUAUAUUAAAAGGUGCUAGAAUGUUUCAAUUUGUAUCUUCUGAUUCUGUAAGUCCCUCUAUAGUUACCCACAGAAGUUAUUACAUUUAUAAAUACCAAAGAUGUAACAAUUCUCAAAUUUUCUAGAUUACUCCAAUAAAAUAUUUUAAGUUUUCCUAUGA